CCACAAUGGAAAAUAAUACUACAUCACGAUAAAUCGAAUUACAAUAGAGAAACAAGAACGCAUAUAUUUCGUGUAAAUACUACAAUACCGACUUCUUACUUACGUUUGAAUACAACGACAUCUAGCGUCGUAGCCUUCACAAUGAGUUUCACUUUACGCCCGCUAGAUGUCAGCACUGGCGUGGUGUAUGCGCUUCUGUUGCUGUGUGGAUUGUAUGUGCUUAUAAUUUUUGAGAUAAUUAACAGAACGAUGGCAGCUCUGCUAAUAUCAACUACAUCGCUCGCGGCGUUAUCCCUAGUGGGGGAAAGACCCACAUUGCCAGAUAUAAUAUCGUGGCUUGACGUGGAGACACUUCUCUUAUUGUUCAGUAUGAUGAUACUAGUGGCUAUAAUGGCGGAAACUGGGGUUUUUGACUACUUGGCUGUUUUCGCUUUUGAGAUAACAAAAGGGAAAUUGUGGCCACUUAUCUAUUUAUUAUGCAUUAUAACUGCAGUAAUGUCAACGUUUUUGGAUAAUGUUACCACCGUGCUAUUAAUGUCGCCAGUUACUAUAAGGUUAUGCGAAGUGAUGGAUCUAGACCCAGUGCCGAUACUAAUGUUUAUGGCCAUAUACAGCAACAUCGGUGGUACCGCCACCCCCGUGGGGGACCCUCCCAAUGUCAUUGUGGCCUCUAAUCAAGCUGUUAUCAACUCUGGCAUAAAUUUUGUAAAUUUCACCGCGCACAUGGCGUUCGGGAUAAUAUUUAUUGUUAUACAGACGUCUUUGCAUAUAAGGAUUAUGUACAGAGAUGUAAAUAAAUUACGAAUGAAAGUGCCUAGAGAGAUUCAGGAAUUGCGUCAUCAAAUUUCAAUAUGGCGGAGGGCGGCAGAUUCCCUGCCGCAUCUGAGUAAUGGAGUUAACAUUGUCAGAGAGCGUUUGGAAAGGAAAAUAACGAAAUUGAAUAAGCAAUUACACGCCACGGUGAAGGAGAGAAAUAAGAGAGCCUGUCCCAAAGAUACUUUUAAAAGCACUCUGGUGGAAUUGAAAGCUAAGUAUAAAAUUCGCGACAGAAGCCUCCUCGUAAAGUCAACCAUCGCUAUUGUGUUUGCCGUUACAGUUUUCUUUCUACACUCCUUACCGGAAUUGAACCGAGUGUCGUUGGGCUGGACAGCUCUCCUGGGAGCCCUAUUGCUCCUGACUCUAGCUGAUAGGGACGACUUGGAACCGAUCUUGCAUCGUGUGGAGUGGUCGACCCUGCUGUUCUUUGCGGCUCUGUUUGUGCUUAUGGAGGCUUUAUCAAAAUUAGGUUUGAUUCUCUACAUCGGUGGACUGAUGGAACAACUUAUAUUGAAAGUGGACGAAAGUUCACGUUUGGCUGUCGCUAUCAUGCUGACUUUAUGGGUGUCAGGUACGAUAUCAGCGUUCGUGGACAACAUCCCGCUGACCACUAUGAUGGUGAGGGUAGUUGUCGCUAUUGGGAAUAACCCCAAUUUGAAUCUGCCAAUGGCGCCCUUGAUUUGGGCGUUGCUGUAUGGAGCGUGUUUGGGUGGCAAUGGCACUUUAAUUGGUGCGAGUGCGAAUGUAGUGUGCGCAGGAGUCGCGGAACAACACGGAUAUAAGUUCACAUUCGUUAAAUUCUUCAAAGUCGGCUUUCCGAUUAUGGUCGGCCAUCUUGUGGUAUCUUCUGUGUAUCUUUUGGUGUGUCAUUGUGUUUUUGAAUGGCAUUGAUGAGUGAUAUGUUAAAAUAUUGGAUUAACGAAGGAGUUCCGUAGCUUUUUUCCUUAUCUUUGUGAGGAAAACAGACUUCUCUUAUUUCCCUUUCCUUUAUACCCCUUGUCUCUUAUCCUAUACUUAUUCGGCAUUCGUGGAGGCGUAAUGUCUACAAACGACCUUACGCCUCUCCAAAUGUUAAUGGGCGGUUGUAGCGCUUACUAUCAGGCGUCCCACCAGCUCCAUUGCCGACUGUAACACAAAAGUAGCAAAAUUAUUAGCGUGAUUUAUCAAGGAUGUGUUUAUGUGAUUGAAUAUCA